UCAAAUCCCGCGGUGUUUCUGACUCCCGCGAUCCCUCGCGCCCCUUUGCUUGACUGGUUUCCUGCUUCCACAGUUGUUUGUUUAAUGGCGGAAUAGCCGAAGUAACGGCCGGCUCUGUAUUUGCUGUAUACCGGGAAAAGCAAAACCGAGAGGCGGGUAGAGACUAACUGCCACAUGCAACUUCUCGCCCUGGUUGGGGUGAGGCAGAAAGAGACGGUCAUUGGAGCUGCGGGGACCGAGCGAGGUGUGGCAAGAAGAAGGAACCCACAGCCUGGAAGGAACGGCCUGUGAACUCCGCGGGUAGAAGAGAGUACGGUCGAGAAGCAGCGCAUAGACACGGGGGAAAUAUACGUGUAACCCCCCUUGGAGCGACACAUAUAAACACCUGGGAUUGACCCGUAGCGUUACAGCUGAUAUAACACAGAGUGCAAACGAGCCGGAGCGAUUCUAAAUACAAACAGACCGGGGCAGACCGUGAAAACGAAAGACUGGAUCCGGCUCUUUGCUCUGCUCUACUCAACUCUCUGUAGACUGUGUCUCAAGUCGUCCGUCAGUACCUUGUUUGUCUUUUUCUUGUUUAACACGGUUCCUGGGCUGUUUCUUCUUAGUAUUUUGUGAACGGGCAGAUUGCUUUGGUUGAUCUCUUGCUUUUAGUCCAGUGAACGAAGUAGACGUCACGGUUAGUACUACUGUACUGUACUGUUUCACGGAGGAUAACCAUUCUUGGGAUUUUUUGUUUCGGUAAUUACCGGAGACGAGUAUAGCACUGCAGGCAUAUUGAUCUUGGGACAAAACUGUAGUGAAGCUCCUGAUCUACAAACUACUACAACAGUAUCAAGUGGUUCAACUUGUCCGUCCCCCACACGGGAGACAGACUGAACAGAAAAGCGGUUUUUAUUGUGGAAUACAAACAUACAUCUAGAAGGAAGCCCAUUUUGGCUGCCUGGUGGUGCCGUAUCUGCUGCCCUAGAAAGCCGGACUGCGAGUGAUGAGUCGGUGACUGUCUGAGGGGGGAAACAGCAGGUAAACGGGAGAGAUGUGGAGCAGCAAGGCCAGCGAGGCACCCCUAACCACUCUCAGCAGAGACUCCAGGAGAGAGCUGUCAACAGCAUGGGAUAGCCUGAAUCAGACCAAAGCUACUUUGCGUCACAUUGAGAAUCGCCUGGAAGCCGCCCCCAGCACCACGGCUGUGUUGGAUUCGGUGAUGGACACCAAGAAGAGCAGUGGAGGGGCCACCAGGAAGAUCAGCAGGAAAGAUGGACGGUACCUGGAAGAGUCCUGCACCUCUGCCUCAGCCCCCAAGCCUUCGGGCCGCAGCCGAGCGCGCAGAGAGAAGCCGUCACGCAGCCCCCUGAGAGCCACCACGCUGGAGAGCAAUGUGAAGAGGAGCAGUCGAGUGGAGUUUAGGGAGCCCCUGGCAUCGUACAGGGACCCAACGCCUCCUUACUUGACCUGCUCCCAGCUGGACGCUGCAUCGCUGACCUCUGACCUGCCCUCCAGCGAGCCGUUGAGGAGAGCCGAUCGGCUGAGCCGCAUGAUCUACGAGCGAGACACGCGGGACUCUCAGAGCAGAGACAUGGCCAGCACGCACUCCUCUGGCAUAGAGGACACUGUGGUGCGGUACCUCAAUGACAGACCAGCACUCGAUGCUUUGCACACCUCGCAGGUACCACGCUGUAAUGGGUACGGAGAGCUGCAGGAUCCCAGUCAACCACCAAUGGAAACCCAGUCGCAGUCCUCCAGCCCGGGCUCCACGUCCCAUAGGCUGGAGAUCCUGCGGAGGAGGCAGCAUGACGACAAGCUGGAAAAACUGAAGGAGCGCAUCCGCAAGCAGAGGGAGCAGUCCGAGGAGUCCGCAGAGAGGGAGCGGCUUGCGGGAUACCUGGAGCAGCCUGUGGGCAUCGGCACUGAGACUGCGCCUCCCACUGCCAAAGUGCGCAAGGUGGCAGCAGCCCCUCCUGCACCCACAUAUAAAGGUUUCAAUCCCACAGAAACCAAGAUGCGCACCCCCGAUGGGAAGGUCUGGCGUGAGCAGGAGUUCCACAAUCUCAGCAGGGAGAUCUACAGGGAUCUCUCUCUCCAGCUAGCAGAAAGCACGAAAGCCAAGGAUAAACCAGCUGAAAAAGGCAAAGGCAUGAAGGCUGCUAAACCUGUGAGGAAAGUGCACAAAGCAGCCCGCUCACCAAGUCCUGACACCAAACCAGGAGCCCAUGUUAUAAAUGCAGCCUCUUGGCGUGAGGGACAGAAGCUGGUGAAGAUGGUUUUAGGACCAGCUCCCAAGACUGUGCGAGAGAGGAGAGCAGCAUCUACAGACAGAGCUGGGAGAGAAGGGGCCAGCAGAGCAGGGCCCAUGGUAAGAUCAGGCUCGGACACGCGUCUCGAAGCAACACAGAAAUUCAGAAAGCAUAGCGCGGAACAGCCUAAGAGCAACAGAGCUCCCCAGCCUGAGGGAGAGAACUCUGUGAAUAAAGACUUCCUGCCCGCUGACAUCCGCGGGAUCCUGGACGACCUGCAGCUGGACAGCCGAGCAGCAGCGUCCGAGAGCAGGCCAGCGGGCAGGAAGGUGGGGGCCUCCUCUCGUCUCUCCCGGAGCGCCAGCCCUGCCAAGCGCAAACAGGAGACGGGAGACGUGGGGCCAAAAAAACGGCACUACGACUCGGACAGCGUGCGGCAGUUUAUCAUGCGGCAGCAGGAGGAACGCAAGAAGAAGCAGACAGAGGAGAAGAGAGCGCAGAGGGAGGAGGCAGAGUGCAGGACCAAGCGGCUGCAGGAGCUCUACAAGAAGCAGAAGGAAGCUUUUGCCAAGUCCAAGCUCUCCGGUGGCCAUGUGGAAGUGCCAGCUCAGAAACGCUUGCAGGAGACGUAUUCGAAACUCCUGCUGGAGCAAGCGCAGCUAGAAGAGCUGCCUCAGGUACCGCCGGUGGUGGAGAGUCAGCAGCCAAGGCCUGUGUAUCAGCCGUCGGGGGAGUCUGAUAAAGAAAACAAAGGACACAAUCGUCCCCUGAGCGCUUCCUCCAGCAGUGACCUAUCUCUGUCAGAGCCACAGCAGCAGCCUCCUCUCACCAGGACCGAGUUGACUGACCCGCCCCGGGUGCAGCCCGACCGCCUCUCCCCAGCACCUCCUGCAGGAAGCCUCUUCACACAGUUACUGAGCCUGGAGCAGCGCUCCCUUCUACAGAAAGAGUUUGAGUCUGUGCUGUCCAGUCACAGGAGAGAGGGGGCUGCCAACAGGAGCCAGUCUUCCUCGGAGGUGCAGCCGUAUCCCUCCUCCUCCUCAAACCUUCUAUCCAAGACGACUGCACAGUACAGGACCAAAAUCAACCGCAUUGAGGCGCUCAAAGCCACCGCCGCCUCCCUCUCCACCAGGAUCGAGAGCGAGGCCAGGAAGCUGGCCGGUGCUGGUAUCAACCACGGCUGUAUCCGCGAUUCAGAGAGAGACAUCCUGCAAGACGACGGCCGCUGGGCUAGUCCUGUGAGCCCGCCGGUGCGUGAGAGCAGCGAUCCAAGUGAUCUUUCUACCAGAAUCCAGCGCAUGCUCGGUGCAGGCCACACCUCCUACGAAGGCGUACUCCCAGGCGUUGGAAACCUGUACGAGUUUAAAAGACCGCCCAGGCCUCAGGCUCCAAGAGCAGCUUCGCUGACUGACCAGGAGGGAGUGCAAGAGAGGCUGCUGAGGGAUUCUCUGGAUGUCUUGGAGCCCGCGGGGCUGUCCAGUGGGGGGUCGAUCAGCGAGGGACCUCUCCUCAGUGAGGGCAGUCUGUCUGGGGGAGAGGGGGAGGAGGAGGAAGGAAGGUCAGCCCACCUGAAAGAUCCUCUCAAACUGGCCAACCGACUGAAAGAGACGGAGUUCUGCGUGGCCGAGAGAAACUCAUUCCGCCCCAUCGCUGACUUUCAGAAGGAGGCGGCGAAGUACCCCCCCUUCACUGGCCAAUCUGGGGACGGCAGAGGGCCAUGGGAGGAGCUGGCCAAGGGCAGUCCACACAGCGUCAUUAAUAUCUUCACCAAGAACUUCCAGAGCUAUGGGAAAGUGCUGGAGGAGAAGUCCGAGAGGGGCUCCCCUGCCCUGCGCCAGCUCCUGCCGGAGACUAGUCCUGUGGAGGCUGUGUCGUAUGAGGACGACUUCAUCUCCUCUCGCAGCAGUGGCAGCUUGACAGGCAGGAUGGGGCCUCUGGGGCUCAGCAACGACAGCAGUGGCUCCAGUCCACAGGAGGAGCUGCCCAGCCUCAGGUCUCCCUAUGAGGUUCAACUCACAGAACUGACACCCCACCACUCUUCAGGGUCCUCUCCCAGGUCCUCUGCCUCCUCUCGCAAAAGAGGCAGUGAGGUUUCUGAAGAAAACAGAGCUGCAUCCUCAUUGGGCAAGAGGGGCUCACAAGGAAAGCCGUCCCCAAGAGGGGCUGACCCAGGUCAGGAAACUGACAGCACUUUGGAGGACAUCUCAGCGCACUCCCUCGACAGUGUCGUGUUGGAGUCUGUGAAGUCGGGGAGAAGUCUGCCAUCCUCUGUUUCUCCAGCCAGCUCUGCUUCCCAGAAGGGUUUGCAGGGAGACGGCCCUGCGCCCGGAGCUGAGCAGUGCAGGACUGCGAUGGGUCCGAACCCAGCGCUGCCCGCAGCCAUGAGAUUCAGACCCCCCAUGUCCAGUGCCUUUACUGAGCUGAGGGAGGCCAGUGCAGCAGGUUCUCUGCAGUUCUCUCCAGGGGUACUGCAGCAACGCCUGACUGCUGAGCUGAGUUACCUGGAUGCUAUGGAGGAGUCGGUGAGGCAGCUGACUGAUGUAGAGCGCACGCGGGGGGUCUCCCUGGCACAGCAGGAGAGCGUCUCCCUGGCACAGAUACUCAAGGCCCAGCAGCAGCGUCACGAGCGGGACCUCUCUAUGCUGAAGCUGAAAGCAGAGCAGGAGGCCCUGGAGACCCAGAGACAGCUGGAUGAGAGCAGACAGAAGGCCGCUCAGGCGCAUGCAGAGUCCCAGCAGAACAUGGCGCAGUCCCGUCAAGAAGCAGCAGAGGCACUGCAGCACUGCACCAACAAGAUGAUCUCCCAGCAAGCGGAGGCUGUGCGCUACACUGCUGACGCAGCACGACACAUCAAAGAGAUGACAGAGAUGGCCCGGUCUCAGAUUGCAGGAGCGGUCAAUGUCCCUGCUGCUCCAAUCACAGCGCUAUAUGACCAGCAACGCCAGCAGCACUCCAGCUUCAUGAAGCAGGUGCGAGCCAGGACUGAAGAGGACAGCAGGAAGAGUGAGUUGUCUCCUCCCCCAGUGUCCGAGUCAAAGAGGCAGUACUCUGCAUCGUUCGACAGCUUCUCUGAGUCCUCCAGAUCAAAGAAUCACAAUGUCAGCAGCAGCAGCAGCAGCAGCAGGCAGGAUAGCCCAUCCCUGUUCUCCUCAGAGAGGAAGGAGAAGAAGCCCCCACUGAAAGAGACGAGGGAGAGCUCCGUGGAGGAGGACGUGUGCACUGCAGCUGAUGACUCCCUGCACAGUGACAGCAUGCCCUCACUUCAGGAUGAGAAGGAUAGCACCUCCAUUGCCACGGAGUACUCCCUGAAGUUCGACGAGUCGAUGACAGAGGAUGAGAUCGAGGAAAAAUCGUUCCGCUCGCUGCUGCCCUCGGAGUCUCACCGCCGCUUCACUCUGGAGAAGAAGAGAGGCCCCCACGAGGACUCGGACGAGGAGCCAGCGCCGGACAAGCCCGUCCUCUACUCUGUCAAGCAGGAUGGCAGCAUGCCUUUCUCCAGUGGGCAAGACAGCUUUUCCAAGUUCACAAUGGAGAUGGUGAGGCAGUACAUGAAGGAAGAGGAGGUGCGCGCUCACCACCAGUCCUCACUGCUCAGGCUCCGGGAGAAGGCUCUCAAGGAGAAAACCAAGGCUGAGCUGGCCUGGCUGGAGCACCAGAAGCAGCGAUUGAGACACAAAGGAGAGGAUGACAAGAUGCCCCCGAUUCGCAAGAGGCAGCGCGGCCUGUUGCUCCGGCUACAGCAAGAGCAGGCGGAGAUCAAGCGGCUCCAGGAGGCUAACAAGGCUGCUAGGAAGGAGCGGCAGCUGAUCAUGAAACAGCAGCAGGAGAUCCAGAGGAUGCGCCAGACCACGCUCAAACUGCACGAGAGGCUCAAGUUAGCGGGGGGCGCUGAGUUGGAGCUGCCCAGCUCAGACACCGUGGAAGAGGAUGUGAAGCCCAGCCCAGUGCAGACUGAGCUGGAGAAUCGCAGUCCCUCGCCCCUGUCUGUGUCCGGCAGCGAGACCAGCAGCAUCAUGCAGAAACUUAAGAAGAUGCGCUCGCACAUGGACGAGAAACACUGCUCUCCUGUCCACUACUUCUUCUCUGUCUUUACAUCUGAUCACUGGGCCUCUCUCAGUGUCUGUUUCCCCAACCUUCAUCCCAAAUUCCAGCUGUUUAUCUACAACCAGUUGGUCAGGUUCCUGACGAAGCGAGAGCAGAAGCUGAUGCAGCGACGGCGCCAUGCCGAGGAGCUGCUGCAGUGGAAGAGGCGGCUGGACGCGGAGGAGGCUGAGAUCCGGCGCAUGGAGAAGCUGGCCCUGGCAGCCUGGGACCAAGAGCUGCAGAGACAGGGCAGCCCCCGAGGGGACUCCGAGGGACACAGCAGCCCUCAGCACAAAGAGCUGGCAAGUGAAGAGGAGUCUGCCCCUGAGCAGGUGCCGUCUCACUCCAGCACUCACAGUGACAGCUCAGUCCCUGAGGAAGUGGGCAGCCCCCCUGCACAGACCCCCUCCUCUGAACUACCAUCCAGUGCCAAGGACUCUAGCCCCCACGAGGACUCCACCUACUCCCAGGACUUUGACUCCCCUGCCUCUGCCAGCAAACAGUCUCCCCCAUCGAAAGCCAGCCUUAGCAUAUCUGAGCAAGAGGGCAGUGGCAGCAACAUGCAGCUCAAACCCACACUGAAGUCCCGCAAAGUGUCUGGUACCUGGUCUGACAAAUCCCCUUCCAUCACCCACUCUGAUGCGAUGUCGGAGCAGAGCGACAUCGAGAGCCGUAUCCGCGCGCUCAAGGGGGAGCUGCGGCAGCGCAAGAACAUCGUGCAGCAGCUGAAGAGGGAGCAGAAGAACAGGCAGAAGGAGAGGCUGAAGGCUCAGGAGGCCAGCCUCCUCAAGCAGCUUGAGUCGUAUGAUGAUUUCAUUGAGAAGACUAAAGCAGAGCUCAAUAAGGAACUGAGCACCUCACAAACAACCAAACCCCAGAUCAAAACACCUUCCUCUGUCCCCGAGAAACCCAGGGUCAAACCACCACCACUUCACAGCCCUGAAACAAGAAAGAACUGGAAGGUUGUGACUGAGUCGGUGAAGCCGAGAUCAUCUCUAGAGUCCAGUGCAGAGCAAGAAAAUGUUGCAUUGUCAAGCACCACAAGCGACAGGAAGUGUGCUGAAGGGGAUAUUCGAUCCAAAGAGCCAUCUGCUUGCCCUUCUCCAGCCCUCAAAUUCCCAGACAACUGCAAACAAGAGUCUGCUGAUACCCUGGAAAGUCUGUCUCCGGUUCACAGGGAUGUGCCUGAUAGCAACAGGAUUCCUGAGCUAUCAGCUAGCAGGCAGGAGGAGGUCUCCGAAGAUGACAGUGUGGUCUCCAGUCAAAGAUCUGAUAUCCUGGAGGAACUAGAGCACCUCAAAGCUGAGGAAUCGGAGACUGAGGAUGGCCAGCAGCCUUUCCAACUCAACCUUGGGAGGCUAACCCCUCAUGAAGACAAAUCUUCCCUGAAGCAGGUUGCAUCUUCUAGCACCUAUGGACAGACGGACCUGGCUAAGGAGGCAGUGGGUCUGCAAGAUGUGAGGAAAGACUCGAAAGAAGAGGUAGAUGAAGAGAUGGAGGAAGUUGGAAGCGAGCACUCCAUUGAUUCAGUUAAAAGUGUAAAAUUGGAUAUUGUUGGCCAUCAUGAGCAAUCCCCGAAGAGAGAGCAGUCUUACUCUACUGACUUUGAUGUGUCUUCACAAGAAAAGGAACCGUCAGUCCCUGAGCAGAAUGAAACACCCCGUGUCAUGAGCUACAGGGAUGAUUUUGAGUCCUCCUCUGGCUAUUCUCCCAGGAAAGCAUCCUACAGUGAGAACUAUAAAAACUCCCACACCAGCUCCACUGCCAAACCAGAGUCCAAGCAGGAAGAACCCUCACUGAAGUUGGAGAGGAGCCAGGUCAGGUCCUCUGCAGAAGGCAGUGAAGAAGAGAUCAGCGAACAACUGAGUGAGAAGUCAUUUUCCUCUUGUGGCAGCUUCCACUCCUCCGAGAGACUGUUGGACGUUGAAUCCCCGACAGAAGAUUACAAAGAUAAGGGGCGGAGUGAUGGAGAGCAAGAAGCAGCUACUCCAGUGCCAUCCCCCAACGCUUCCCCAUCUCACACUCCACCUUCUGGGUCCCGCGAUUCAGACUUGCUUCCUGACUUCACCGUGGGGGAUAGGGUUCUGGUGAGCAAUGUGCAGCCAGGCACUCUCCGCUUCAAAGGGAAAACCAAAUUUGCCAAUGGGUAUUGGGCUGGAGUCGAAUUGGACAAGUCUGAAGGGAGCAACAAUGGGACUUAUGAUGGCGUGGUUUACUUUGAGUGCCAGGAACAGCACGGCAUCUUCGCUCCUCCUCACAAGAUCUCCCGGCUGCCUGAGAAAUUUGAGAUCUACAUGGACACGACCGAAGAUGAAGACUCUUUCUUCGACGACCGGUCCGAGGGGCAUCGCAAAAGCGAGGCAGAAGAGAAGGAGGAAGAGGAACCCAAGUCGGUUGAAGAAGAACCAAAGGAACACCAAGCAGAGAAGCAACCUCAGGAUCAAGCACCACAAGAGAAAAUCAGAAGUGAAGAUACCGUUCACCAGACUGAGAUUGAAAUUACAAACUUGCAAGAAAUCAUCAGCAAAUCUCCAGAAUGUGUGAAAUCCUUUGCUAACGAGUUAGAUUCAAACAAGAAGUCAAGUGUUAAGGACAGCAAUCUGAUUCUGAAUGAAGCCAACAAACAGAUGUCUAACUUUGUCCCAGAGGACACUAUGACACCAGAGGUCAAGAGUAAGCCAGAGAGUGCAGAGGAGGCAGAGAAGCCUUGGUCUACCCCACUGCUGGAUCUUCUGACAAGAGAGAAGGACCACCUGGUGCCCCAGUUCAAACCUCCAGUGGCCCGCGAGGAAGAGCCUGCAAACGAAACGAAACAGACCCAGGAGAAAGCCAGUGCUUUUGCUGACAGACUCCUUGGGAGCUUUGUGAACGAUGCUGUCAGGCAGUUGCAGCAAAUCAAAGCGCUUCGCAAUGAGAAAAUUGCGGCAGCGAAUGUAGCGGAGAGCGGUGAGCUGGCAGACGAAUCGACUCCUAGGGUUCCCCUGCGACCACGCUUGGCACACGAUGGAUUGACAGGCAGCGCGCUGGAUCUGCUGGGGGGAGAGGAGGAGGAGGAGAAGGAAGAGCCUUCGUCUCCAGAACUCUGCCCCAGACCAGAGAGCCCUGUGUUUGGUGCCAGCGGUCAGGAGGAGCUGGCCAAGCGGCUAGCGGAGCUGGAGCUGAGCCGGGAGCUGUUAGAUGUGUUGGGGGACGAGCAGGACUGGUUCGACGAGGACUUUGGCCUCAGCUCCCGCAAGGAGCAGCAGAAACAGAAACAGCAGGAGGGACCAGGGCAGGUUGUGGGGGACCAGCCCAAGCCCUCGGGACGGCCCGCGCUCCCGCCGCUGAAACCCAGGGAGGAGCCCCUGCUGGUCGUCCCGCACAGCGUUCCCGAGGUGGAGAGGCUGGUCCACGAGGCUGCGGAGGAGCUCUGGAAGUGGCAGGACCUCGGACACAGUGUGCAGGAUGCCAGUGCCCCGGCACACUACCUGGGCAAUGAUAGCAAGGGCCAGGACAUAGACAGCAUCAGCAAGCACAGCUACAAAAGGGCUGUGUUUGACCUGACCCGCCAGAUCUUCCAGGAGAUCUUUGCUGAGGAUCCCAACACUAACCAGCCACAGUGGAUGAAACCCAGCCGCAUGAACUCCUCCUAUUACAGGAGAGUGAAGAACCCAAACGACAUCAAAGAAAUCAAGACCUUCAUCAGCGCAGAGGUACUUAAACUGUAUGGCUUGAGGAAGGACCAGCACCAAAAAACAGACUGGCAGAAGAUGCUGAAGUUUGGGAGGAAGAAGCGGGACCGCGUGGAUCACAUCCUGGUCCAGGAGCUGCAUGAGGAGGAGUCUCAGUGGGUGAACUACGAUGAAGACGAGCUCUUUGUGAAGAUGCAGCUGGCAGACGGAAUAUUCGAUGCCUUACUCAAAGACACAGCCGAGGUCCUGAACCAAAUCCAGGACAAGAAGGCUAAACUGGUACCAUCGUGACCCUCUCUACCCCAUCCUUGCUGUACCACACACCUGAGGUGCCAAUAAACCUAAUGCCUUGAGCCACCUAGUACUUCCCCUUGUCUCUUCACCUGUCCUGGGAAUACCUCUAGUAGAAGAUAUCUUUCUUUACCGACUGUGAAAAAUCCAAAGGGCUAGCUAAAUGCUAAGCAUCAACUCCCUUCUACAUGUGUAACGAUCGUUCUUGCAUCCUUGGUACGUCCACCAGUGAAAAUCCUACAAGACUUGUAUACCUUAUCCAACUGACUUGAAUUCUCUACAACACUGGUUACUACUGAUGGUACAAAGAUGCAUGGCUGGCCAUAGUUAGAAGCCAUCAUCAGGGUAAAGCAACAAUGAACAAACAAAUGAAGUGUCUUGUGGCUGGCCAGAUGUUUUCUAGUUGCCACUCCUUGCACAAAUCCCUAAGGCACUUGCAUGUGAAAGUCAGUUGUGCCAAGGUGCCCAGUCUUCGGGCGGGGGGGGGGAAUUGGGAUUGGCGCAAUGUCCUGUAUGGGGAGCCAUGUUGUGGACUGGGUCUCUGACUGAACAAUAAAGAUCAGAUCCCUAGAAAUGGGUCGCUUAAAAGUUUUGCACGAAACGUUUAGGACAAAAUUAUUUUAUUCUGCACAGAAGACUUGAGAAAAAGAAUAGAAAAAAAAUUGAUAGGAAAUAGUGAGUUUGAAAUGCUGUAUCCUUAUAUAAUUGUUAAUUUAUUUAAGAGAAAAAAAAAAUCAAAUUUUUGUAAUUGUUUAUUUUUUGUAUUACCCUAGUUUUGGUGGUAAUGUCCAGUGUCUUUAGUUAAAAUAUUGUACCUGAAACAGUUUUGCAAACCUAAAUCUGCAUACAAGGUGAAGCAGGAGAUAUGAACCUCUGUAUUUUAAGUCUGGCAUGCUUUCAGUAUAAAUGCAGGUAUUUCAAUUAUAAAA